CCAUCUUGGGAGAGCAGCCGCAGCGCCGCCUCCCGCCGCGUCGUUCCCGAUCGCAGCCUCCGCCUGCCUCGGCUGCUGCUGCCCGCGCCCGCCGCCCGGCCUCUACCGCCUCCGCCGCCUUCCUCCGCCUCCUCCCGUCCUCUCGCCGCCGCGGCCUCCUUUCGCACGUCCGGGCGGGCCCCGCAGGAAUUCGUCCCCACCGGCCUCACACUAGUGUCGCAUGUCCACUAUCCAGAACCUCCAAUCCUUCGACCCCUUCGCUGAUGCCACUAAGGGUGACGACUUACUCCCGGCAGGGACUGAGGACUACAUCCAUAUAAGGAUCCAGCAGCGCAACGGCAGGAAGACGCUCACCACGGUCCAGGGCAUCGCCGAUGACUAUGACAAGAAGAAGCUGGUGAAGGCCUUCAAAAAGAAAUUUGCCUGCAAUGGUACUGUGAUUGAGCACCCUGAGUACGGUGAGGUUAUUCAGCUGCAAGGUGACCAAAGAAAGAACAUUUGCCAGUUUCUUUUGGAGGUUGGCAUCGUCAAGGAGGAGCAGCUUAAGGUGCAUGGAUUCUGAAGUGAGCCUCCGCAGAUGCAGAAUGUCUUGAGUGAGUGUCCUCUAGACCCAGCUUGGCUGCCUUGUGAAAUGAUUCCCUGCAGUGAGCGGACUUUUCAUUUAUUCAGUCAUCCAAACUUCCACUGCCACCAGCAUGACAGGAAACGUGGGACGUGCAGGCUGGAGACACAUAAGGAAAUUGCAGUCAGAUGGUAAUGAGGCCCUGGGUUCAUCCUAACAUGUUUCCCAUGGAAAAUACUUUGUUUUGAGUGUUCGUUUGUUGUUUGUUUUCAGUUGACUAAAUGUUUUUUGUUGUAUUAAACCUUGUAUGUUGCAGCUUAACAAUAAAAAAGUCUGAAUUCUUUA